AUGAUUCGUUUCCCUAGUGAGAGUGUUGACAGUCUCUCUUGCUUCUUAUCUAUCCCACAUAACUUGUUUAAUGCUUCACCUCUUAUUCCAGGAGGGCUGACCAUGCAACGUAUUGAUGGCUCACCUUCUGGUCUUCCUUUUGCAGGAUACGCCCCUUUCGUUAGGAACUUAUGUUUGGGACUUAAUUUACCUAUCAUAAAUACCGCAAAUAUUAUUCCUCCCCCGAAUCUCGGGGUUGGCGUAAUACCUUCUGUUUCUUAUGCAUCAACAGGAUGCCCAAACCCAGUUUUGUGUUAUCCUACCGCAGUGACCCAAACGGCCCACUCAGUUAUUGAUUCUGGUCCAUCUGAUCCAUCUGUUCACACGAUUGUUCGUGGUCCAGUCAUGUACACAAGCGCCAGUAGUCAUGAUUUGAUUCAACGAAGCAAUGGAAUUCAUUCCAGUGAUACAAAAAUUAAAGAAGAAAGUCCUCCUGAUCGUAUUGUGGCUUCUUAUGCUGCUGCAGCACAUGCAGCUGCACUGGCUUGUCAUCAACCGAUUUCCAGAGCUGCUGAAGCCUACUUAGCUACAAACUCUUAUAACCGAUCACGUCAUUCCAAAAGACCUCGGGCGUCAAACUAUCUAGCUACUGUCACAAUAUCAACAACUGCGAACACAUUGUCUACUUCUUUGGAUACUGGAUCAAAUUAUAUUUCAUCAUCUAAUUUAUCAUUACCUUCCACUGGAUCAUCAUCAAAAGCCACUUAUGAAGAAUCUCACAAAGGGUGGACCCGUCUAGUAAAUAAGAAAGCACAAAAUGUAGUGUACAUAACGUCUGAUGGUACUCGUCUACAUAACGUCGAUGAAGUAUACACAUAUUUAUCAACAAAAAAUUCAGAAUGUGAGAUUAAUUCCAGUAUAAAAGAAUUAAUCGCUGCUCAUUUUAUUUUUGCACCAACAAUCGAUGGUCCUUCACUUGAGGAUACAUUAAAUUUUGUUCAUAGACUACAUGGAUCCGUUUUAAAAGAUGAAUCAGUGAGGGAUAGUGUUUCCCAAUUUCUAACAACUGUGCCAAGUAGUGUAAAUAGUAGUGAUAGUGUUUCACAAGCCGUUAAAUCAUCAGAGGAAGUUUCCACUUGUCGUAUUACAUUCAACCCCGAUUAUUCACCGAACUCUGACCUUCUGUCAGCAAAGCGAUCAAAGUUAUCUGACGAUUUACUUAGUUCAGAUUGUAAGAUAAAAGAGCCAUCUAUAUUGAAGGGACAGUCCGUUAACUGUUUAGCCAAUGUAACUAGCAGUGCGUGUUCUACACAGUCAUUUGUAUCAUCGAAUAAUUGUGAGUUGAAUAUUUUGUGUACUGAUACACUCCAUACUUCGUCAAUUAACGAAAUUCAUGAAGGACCAAGUAGUUUUGAAAAUAAUCAAUUCACUCACAAACAAAACUUGAAUAAUUUGAGUAAGGCUGGAGAUGAAUAUUUUGCAACUUCGUCUUCUAGAGUAUUUCAUGAUGAUAUAUCUUCUAGUGGAAUAAAACAAAGUCAGUUGCAGAAUGAUAGCCAAGCAGUUGCUAAACUUACCACUGAAACCCUUACAACUGGCGCCUUACGUACAUCGUUAGCAUCACUAACUACUGAGGUUGUUCCAUCCGUCAUAUCUCCGUCCAAGCAGAUUGGUCUAAAUGCUACAAAUUUUAGUUUAUCAAGUGCUACUAGUUCAUGUUUCGACCCAUCUCAGACAAAUUUGGCUGCACUGAAUGUCGUGCAACAAAAUUCUGUUAAUCCACUGUUCAUGGAACAAUUACUUGGAAUCAGUCAAAUGCGUCAUAUUCAGCAUCCACAGCAGAAUAAUCAUUUGAGUUCAGGCAUUACUGUCACAGUACCGACACAAAACAUCAUAGAAAACUAUCCACUUGGUGUUUUAGCUAAUCAGUCUCUAUCAAAUCCUCUUUUAUCAUCUUUAACAACUGAUUGGCUUUCAAAUCUUCGUUCAUCCACACAACAAUCGACAACUAGUAGUACUCUACCAGAGUUGACACUAAAUUCAGUUAUUGAAAAUCUAAAUGCAACUUCUGUUCUUCAGCAAUAUCAACAACGACAUCUUUUAACUUUGGCAGCUUUACAAAAACAUCAACAAAAUCAAGCGUUAGCCCUGAUUCAAAAUGCUGUUUUGCUCCAACAACAACAAAGAAAUAAUGAUGUCGCAAACGCUGCUGCACUUGUCUUACGUCAACAACAAGAGCAGCAGUUGGCAGUAGCUUCUUUACAAGCCCAAAAUUAUAUUGCUGCUUUGCAACGGCAGCUUACUAAUUCACAUACCUAA